AAAUUAUAGAUAGAAUUUUUUUUGGGGGCAAUGUCGGGGUCUCGUGGGUACACUCUGGUUGAUGGAUCUGCCAGCACCAGUAUGGAGUCUGGGAGCCAGGGAAAAUUGCUAUCGAGGGGCACAAUUGAUAAAUACAGCUCGACUUAUGUACCUCAUGAUCGAUUGUCUAGGUAUACUACAGCAAUUUCAAAUUUAAUUCCUGUGAGAUUUAGAAGAGUUCCAGGUUCAGAAAUUCCUGUAGACAAAAUCGGACUCUUCUCGAGUGUAUCCUUCAACUGGCUGAACGAAUAUGUGUCCGCAGGAUAUAAAAAGAGAAUAGGCGAGAAGCCGCUGCCCACCGUAUCUCUGCAAGAGUCCUGUCAAAUUAAUGGACCAAGAAUAGAUUCUCUGUGGCAUAAUGACAUUGUCAAGAGAGGACAGUCAGGGGCCUCAGUCCCCAGCAUCGCCUGGCAGUUUGUGAAGACUCGAGUGCUCGUUUCAUCCCUAAUCCACCUCCUGGGGAUGAUCAUCGCUCUCUGCAGUCCUAUCCUGGUGCUCCAGAGGAUAAUAUACUCCACGGAGGAUCGUCUCCAAGUAUUCCCAGACCCCGCGCCCCCUAAAAACUCCUCAUCCCUCCCUCCCGCCGCCCCCUCAACCCUCAACACAACGAGAUCAAUCGAAAUCUCGGAGGACUUUGAGCGCAUAAUUCUCAUGGACAACGUCAUCAUCUCCACCCACGUGGUCCUCCUCAUCUCCGUCGAGACGAUCUCUUACUUUUUAAUCGCGUGGAGUGCGGCGAUGAACCUCAGGACAGCAACGAGACUGCGAUCUGCUUGCUUGGCACUAGCUUACAGGAAACUCCUGAGAUCUUCGGUGAGAUACGCAGCUCCGGUGCACCAGACCCUGACGUACUUCGUCCCCGACAGCAACACCCUCUUCGAACUGAUCAGCAAUGGUCCCCUGAUCUUCUCAGGGCCACUGAUCCUCCUCCUGUCGUCGCUAUUCAUCUGGCAUUCUAUGGGGCACUGGGCCCUCAUCGGCAUCGCUGUCCUCGUCGUCUUGUACUUCGGACUCAUCCUGAGUGCCUACUUGACGAAGGUAUUCGCCACGAGAGCCAUGAAGUUCUCCCUGCGGCGGAUCAGUUUGCUGCAGGAGUUCAUCGAGAAAAUUUGCAUCGCAAAAAUCGGAAAGUAUGACAAACGAUUUGCAUCGGGAAUUCGAACGAUCAGGGAGAUGGAGCUCAAGGAGAUGAAGCUGGGGGCCCUGAGCGAGGGCUGGAGCCUCUGCAUGGUGCAUGUGAUACCUAUUGUCACUGUCAGCGCUAUGACCAUGGCGUAUUUGAUCAAUCAUAAUUACGUUGUUUCGGCGAAUUACAUUCCAUGUCUCGUCCUCAUCCUCCUGAACCUGAAGCACUGCGUGAGAAGUAGUUGGCUCGCGAUGAGCAGUAUCUCAAGAGGCGUGGCUUCUCUAAAUAAACUCAAAGCAAUCUUGAUCUUGAAAGAUACGAAUCGUUUCACGGACAAGCCCAUCGAUAGGAACCUCGCGAUCGCGAUAAACGGAGGUACCUUCACCUGGUCCCAAGAUAACUCCCCCGUUGACCGGAUAAUCCGAAGUUCCUCGCAAUUUAUUCUGGACGAGACGCCCACGCAGAUGACGAAUCUGUCCCCCUCCCACACCCUGUUGGAGGUGAAUUUUUACGCGCCGAAGGGGCGACUGAUCGGCGUCUGCGGCUCCUCCAAGAGUGGAAAGAGUUCUCUUCUCCAGGCGAUUAUGGGACAGUUGCAUCAUGCUGGUGGACAUGUAGCCAUCGACGGGAGUUGCUCGUAUGUCCCAGAAGAGGCUGGCCUCUUCGAGGGAACUCUCAAGGAGAAUAUCAUCCUCGGGGAGGCCUUCGACGCCUCCUGGUACUACAAGACCAUUCAAGCCUGCCGGCUGAACGAAGACCUCAACUCACUACCGGGGAGUGACGACACUGACGUCUCGACUGUGGAGUUGACCAACUGCCAGAGGCAGAAGAUCGCACUCGCCAGGGCGGUUUACAAUAAUAGGGAUAUUAAUUUGUUGGAUAAUCCUCUGGGGGAUGUUGAGAGACCGGAGGGGACUGAGAUCUUCGAGAAAGCCAUUGUCCAGCUGCUGGGGGAGAAGUGUGUGAUUCUAGUCUCGGAUAAGAUCCAAUUUUUAAACAGAUGUGAUACAAUUUACGUAAUGAAAGAAGGAAAAAUAGUUGAGCAAGGGAGCCACGACGAGCUCCUCCAGUGGAACAGUGAGUACACUGAUCUGAUCAAGACCUUUGGCAGAAGACAAGAGGGAACUAUCAACAAAGACGCCGCUGAGUCCGUCAGGGGGAAGCAUUUAUCCAAUGGACCUAGUAUUUCUGAUAGUAUUCUUGACAUCUCGACUCAGGUAGAAAGGGAUUCCGACGAGGAGGGAGGGACGAGGAUGGAUCGACUGAAAUCGGAGCUGAAGUACAAGGCUUACAUCAACGGGAACAGGGGAUGGUGGCAUGGCGCAAUCGUCUGCACUCUCUCGUUACUUUAUUCCAUCCCCAUCGCUGCUGCUCCCCUAGUUUUUACUUACAUUGCCCAGAAAAUGUUGACCAACACCACAAUGAUCGCAGUGAUCCUCGCAUUUAUGGUCGGAUUCAUAAUUUUCUGGGGCUUAAUUCUAAUGAUUAUUUAUAAUGAGGAUGUGUUCACUUCAGCCAGGAAUAUCCACGAGCUCUGGCUCCAGAAGAUCAACAAAGCGCAGAUCUCCGUUUUCUCCACAGCCUCCUCAAUAAUCCUCCUGAACAUUUUUAGUUUGAAUCUUCAGGAGGUCGAUUACAUGCUACCGAGACUGAAAAUAACAGCACUAACGCACGUUGGGAUUAGUUUCUUCAGUAUAAUCAUUCUUGGGAUUCUUUCCCCCUGGUUACUGCUGCCUGCGAUAAUCUUCAUGUCUGCUAUGUUUGCGUAUAAUUUUUACGUUAGAGGACUUCUUCUGGCCCUCUACGAACUAAAAAUCCACUCAGUAACUCCAAUAUACACCCACACGAUCAACACAGUGCGCGAGAGAGCUGUGAUCCAGGCAUACCGAAAAGAGAGAGAAUUUUCGAAAAAGUUCUACAAGCACUGCAACGCCAAUUUGGCUUAUGACUUUCUGCUGGACGCCCUGAAGCUCUGGGUGGAGUUCAGGAUAAAAUUCCUCUCCGCCCUCACCCUGGCCAUCAUCAUGAUCAUCUGCGCCUCACUGAGUGCGAUCAAGGUUCGGUACGAGGUCCUGGGAUUGGCUUUCAUCUGCACUCUUCAACUCACCCAGAGUGUUAUUCACUUGACUGGGGCUGUGAUGAGUGGCAAUGGGAGUCUUCUGACUAUUGGAGUUGUUGACAAGUACAUUAUGAAUAUUCCCCAAGAGAAGACGGAAGGCGAUAACAUCCGGAAGCAGUGGCCAGCGGUUCCCGACAUACACUUCCAGGACGUCCUCCUGAGUACCAACUCCCCGAUAGACCAAGAGCCCCUGAAUUUUUCAAUCUACGCCGGAGAAAAAGUCGCAUUCCGAGGACUCGACCCCGAGUUGCAGCGAGAUCUGGUCAAGUGUUUGCUCCAGAUCAACGAAGUCUUCGCGGGGAACAUCAUCAUCGGUUCCCUGAAGAUCUUCGACAUCAGCAUCGAGGUCCUGCGAGAUCACGUUGAUUACAUUCCCAAAGUUCCAGUUCUGUUCGAUGGAACUGUGCGGUACAACGUGGACCCCAAUCGUCGCAACAGCGAGAAGACUGUUGUGAAAACUCUCCAGAAGAUGCUCUUGUGGGAGAAAAUAGUGAAGCUAGACGAACGACUGGACAAUGACACUAGCAACAUCUUCAGUCUUGUGGAGAAGAAACUUCUUUUGUUGGCGAGGAUUUACUUGAAAUCAGUGGCUUUUAGUAAACAUAUAAUAAUCAUCGAGGAAUUGGAUCAGGAUGCUGAAAUACUGGAUGGCCUCUUCCAGGAUGUCCUGAAGCAAUUCACUGUUAUCGUGCUCUCUAGUAAAUCCAGCUGGAACGCUCAACGUGUGAUAAGGCUCAAUGACCACAAAACGAUAAAAACGGCGACGACAUCACCAUCAUCCCCAGCUGCCUCCACUUUAUUAUCAGUACCAAAAAAUAUUGAGACAAGUUUCUAGCUCCACCUCAUAAAUAUACAAUUACAACAAAU